AAUUCAUGUAUUUACCCCCUCUACAUUUAUGCCAAGUUUCAUUAAAAUCAGAAUUUUCGGGUUCGCGAGGUUCCCUUGUAAGAAGUCUUUACUGUGCGCACACUGAACACAUAUUGCACUGAAUUAUUACUCCGGAUUGACGACGGUUUCAAGUUGCACCCGGAUCUUAAACUUCGCAUCAAAUGCGGUAUUAUGCGCUUCCCAACCGCUUAUAUAUUUUUUAUAACUCUUCAUUUUCUUUGUCUUAAUAUCGGUGUUUGACCUCUGCAAGAUUUGAAUUAUUUGAAUGCGCGAUUCUGAAUAAUCUUAUCAAGUAAGUAUUAAAUGAUUUAUGUACGUGCCUAAAACAUAUUUUCUUACAGCAGCCGUACAUCGGCGCUUGACCUCUGCAAGAUUUGCAUUAUUUGAAUGUGUGAUUUUCGUAUGAUCUCAUCAGUAAAUAUCAAAUGUAUAUGCCUAAAACAUAUUUUAUUACAGCAGCCGUACAUCGGCGCUUGACCUCUCAAAGAUUCACAUUAUUUAAAUGUGUGAUUUUCGUAUGAUCUCAUCAGUAAGUAUCAAAUUACGUGCCUAAAACAUAUUUUGCCGCAGCAGCCGUACAUUGGCGCUUGACCUCUGAAACGUUGGUCAUCCUUGAAUGUGUGAAGUUUAAAAUAUGUGAUUGUCCCCUCUACCGAGAUGUGUGAAGGGCGUGCAAUAUAAGAAGAGUUCUGACAACGGUAUCACAUUAGUUAAUCAGCGGAAUACGGACGGUAAAGUUCCAAUCUUGCAUUAGUUAAUCGAAGGAAGUCGGAGUUUCCCCUGAAAAUGAACUAUUACGUUCCGAUUCAGCAAAAUGAAACGUGUGAUAAACCUUAAAACAAUGUCGCAGCCGCGUCAUACUCCGCGCAUUUUGGGGAGGAGAUUUGCUUUGACGGCUACAUUCUACAAAUAUUUGGAUAUGGGAAUCAGUGUGGGACUUGAGCCUUUUGUAGAGAUGAUUCUUGGUGACAACAAGGGCAAUGAGAUACCGCUGUCACGUGAUACCUGGGUAAUAAUGACUGAGAAACGGACGGAUAUCGAGCAACUCCUGCAGUCGGCAACCGCUACGUCAUUGUGGAUUAAUCAUCUUUUCAUCAAAAUCGUUAAAAUACGUAACAAGAGUAUCAUAAAAUUCACUUUAAAUAACAAAAUUAUGUACAUAAAACCAUCGACUGUACAAUUUUUACUAAAUCUUGAAAAUGUUAUCAAUAAUGCAUAUUUUAAAUUAUGGGAUGAUAUGCAUAUAGUAAAAGAACGAUAUAAUCAAUUUGUAAACUGUUUGCGGCGAAAUAAUAUUCAUAACAAGUGCGAUGCAGUCAAAUUGUUAAAUAAAAUAUGUGAAAAAACUUCGCUCGUAAAUUGCGAACUGAUGGCUUAUGCAUCAGACAAUAUUGUAUACGACGCGUUACAAAAGGAAUAAAUGAAAAAAAUUAUAAAUAA